AACACCAUUUCCUCAAAAUGAAGAAAUUAUUUUCAAAAAUUGAUAAUACCUCAAAAGAAACAAAUAAUUUUGUUGGUAAAGUUUUUGUUGUUGGUCGAGUUACCGUAACUGUAGAGGAUGUAUUAGCUGAAGGUGGAUUUUCUUUAGUUUUCUUAGCAAAAGGCUCAAAUGGUACACGCUAUGCGUUAAAACGAAUGUAUGUUAACAACGAAAUUGAUCUCAAUGUUUGUAAACGUGAAAUACAAAUUGCUAGUAAUCUAAAUGGGCACAAAAAUAUUAUUGGUUAUAUUGAUUCGAGUAUAACAUGUACUGGUAAUGGAGUAUAUGAAAUAUUAUUGUUAAUGCCUUAUUGCCGUACUCAUGUAUUAGGUUUAAUGAAUUCACGUAUACAAACUGGAUUUUCUGAGGCUGAAGUAUUGCAAAUUUUUUGUGAUGUAUGCGAAGCUGUGUCUCGACUACAUCACUGUCAAACGCCAAUUAUACACAGGGACUUAAAAGUAGAGAAUAUUUUAUUAAGUGAUAAUGGUAAUUAUGUACUCUGUGAUUUUGGAUCAGCUACGGCAAAAGUAUUAAAGCCAGAUGUUCAUGGAGCAGCUACUGUUGAGGAAGAAAUUAAAAGAUAUACCACAUUGUCGUAUCGUGCUCCAGAAAUGGUCGAUAUGUAUUGCGGAAAGUCAAUUACAACCAAGGCUGAUAUAUGGGCUUUAGGUUGUUUGUUGUAUAAAUUGUGUUUUUUUACCUUACCAUUUGGAGAAAGUGUGUUAGCCAUACAAAGUGGAAAUUUUCAAAUACCAGAUAAUUCUAAAUACUCGAAAGGCCUCCAUCAAUUAAUACGAUAUAUGCUUGAAACUGAUCAAGAUAAACGACCAGAUAUUUAUCAAGUGUGUGCAAUAAGUUUUCCACUAUUAGGCAAAGAGAAUCCUAUUCAAAAUUUGCAUAAAGUAAUGACACCAACAUUAGAGCAGCUUCCUCAGCCUCAAUUUGAGGCUGAUGUGAAACGAGCAUCGAAUAUAAAAGUAACCAAAGUAGUUACUGGUCCUGUUAUUGAAGGGACAAGCGUCGCACCUCGUCAACGACCCAAAGGCAAUGUUAGUCAACCAUUGGCUAUAACAAGCAAUUUAUCAAUUGUGUUAGGUUCAAGUCCUACAAACAUUCCAAAAAAAUCCCAAAGUCCUGUAUCAUUACCAGAAAAUACAAUUACUCAAACCGUAUCAAAUUUUCAGAACCAAUUUUCACCUCAAAAUAGUACUGUGGUAUUUUCACCUGAACAUUCAUUUCCUACAACUUUCCCACCACCGAAUACCGUUGCAUCGGGAGAGGGUAAUUUUGAUACGUUAUUUCAAUCAUCUGUUUAUCCUGAUCCAUUUCGAGAUGAGAGUCUUGAAACUCCUGGAAGUUUACCACCAACAAAUACCUUGCACACUGUACCUCAUUCCACAUCGUUAUCUGGUGAAACUUGUGUUAUUUCACCACAUUCAGUUAAUUUUUCACCCGUUGGUCAAAAUGUUACACAAUCCACUAGUCAAUGCAUUCCUAUGGACAGUCCUCCUGAUUCACCAACUCUUAAUGUUCCUAAAGGUCAUCGACGUAAUAUGAGUGAUACCACUGCUUUUAACAAGGUAUAUGCUGUAGAAACCACGCAAUUUUUAGCACCUUAUGAAUCAUCUAUGAAACCAAGAGAUAGCAAUACUUCUACUAUGCAUGUAGCAUUACCAUCUGGUAUUGCACAUACUGGAUCGGCUUCAAAUGCAGAGUUAUGCCGUGCUCCCGCGCCUGACAUCCGUUCAAUGUCAGCCGAUAUAGCUGAUUGGAAUCCUUUUGAAGAAACACCGUUUAAUCAAUUAACUGAAGAUCAUAUAUUUGGUGCUGAAUUUGAUAAAAUUAGAAGAGGGAGCCAAAGCAGUAUUCAAGGUGUCAAGUCAAGAGAAAGUCUAGUAAUGUCUGUGUCAGAAGAUCCAUUUGGAUCAGCCCCAUUCAGUAUGCCACCAAAAGUUCGCAGGGAAAGUGGAAAAGGAACCAAUCGCGAUAAAAGAGUCAUACAAAAAGUCAAACUACUAACAUUGAUACAAAAUGAAUGGAUAUUAUCGGAGACUGUAAACGAUGAAGAGACAACUUCACCAAUUGUACCAAUGAAUUCUGAAGAUGGUGACCAGCCAUUAAUUGAGUCAACAACAAAUGAAAAUAUUGAAACAUCACCUCCAUACGUGAAAGCACCCUUUGAAGAUCGUUCAAAAUACGAAAAAUUACAAAUGGUUUACGAUGUCUCUUCGGAUGAAAGUGCUAAUGAAAAUCAACAAUCGACAAUUCAACCGAAUGAAAUUGAUCAGCGGUUAAAAAAGCGUCGACGGGUUAAACAUAAUUUACCAGAGAAAUUACAGUUAGUCUAUAAUAAGGUUGAUAAAAAUAAUAUACCUAUUGUAAGGAAUUUUCUGAAUGAUAAGCAAUCACAAAAAAGCUCUAAAACAGGUAAUAAUCCAAAUUCGAUUGAUUAUGUUGAUUCGGAUGACUCAAUUGGAUCAUGUAGUGAUUUACGAGCGAAUGAAGAUAACGACGAACGAAUAACAAACGAUAAACAACUUGAUAAAUUAGAUGAGAAAAGCGAAACAAUAAGUGAAAGUAUAAAGACAUGUAGUUCGUCAGCUUACCACGCUGAAUGUGAAAGUAUGACCACACAUGAGGAUGAUAUAAGUCGUGUUUUCACAAAGAAGAAAACCAAGUAUAUUGAGCAAGUUGAAGAAGAGACAGCUGAAGAUAUGAUAUUUAUUGGUCACAAGUAUGCUGAUAAACCAUUAUUGUUAGAUGAUGAACUCGACUCGGAAACCGAUCUCAAUGUACUCAAAUCCGAAGUUAAAACUGAUAUAUUAAAAGAAAAAGAUGAUGUUUUUGCUAUGGCCCCAUUUCCGACAAUUAUACAUUCCACAUAUAAAAAAAGAAAAAGUCGUUCAUCAAAUUUGCAAACACCUGUGACAUCAACACCAGAACAAUUGGAGGUUAUUCAAUUCUCAUCGAAACAUUCAAGUCCAAAUAUUAUCCCACAUAAAUCACCGAUUGAGACAGCUGAUUUGGUUGUGUUAGAUGAACACAAAGAACCGCCCGUAUCAAAUUUAAUCGAUUUUGAUAAUAGUCCAAUUAAUACAAAUUGCUUAAAACCAAAAAAUCCUUUUGUGGCAGCUACAAAUAUUUAUGUGAAAUCAAAAGAUAUAUUUCCUGAUAAUUAUUCAAGAAAUUAUGAAAAUAUAUUUUUACCACAGAAAGAGAAUGAAUUGUUUGAUAAAUUUUUUACACAAGAAAAAACUGAAUUCACAUAUUCAUCUGAUAACGACGAUGAUAAUGAUGAAAGACCGUUUAAUAAAUUAGAUGAUAAAAAAGAUAUUUUCUUCCAAACAACAGCGGCAACAGAAAAACUUGAUGGUACAAAAAAUCAAUCAAAAUAUCGUCAUUUCAAAAAUCCCGAUAAAAAUAAUUCAGAUACAAAACCUGCGAAGAAAACUAUACAAAAAGCAAAUAAGAAAACAUUCAAAACAAAGAAACAACAAUCUUCAACAAAAUUUAUACAAUCCGCUGGAUUUAGCAACAUGAGUUUUGAGGAUUUUCCAUCUGGAGACGAUACGGAAAAUAAAAGUAAAUCACAUACACCAUUUGAAGUAAUACGUGAUGAUUUAAACACGUUAGAUAUUGAUAUUGAUAAAAAAUGUAAUUCAUUGAAACGAGUUCAUAAGAAAACGUUUUUGUGA